AUGUCCAUUGUGCUUCGAGUCCCUCAAACCGCAGCGAUCAGGGCACGGUUCGGCCUUCGGGCUUUCUACACGCAAGCCAGUCUGUACAACAAAUCUCAAAGACCUAGCCGGAACGAUGUCCGCGCAAGUCUACGACCUCCAAGCCCGGUGCAGAUUCGGCGCCGUGGGCCUCAUGAUCUUGACCAGCUGAGAGCUCCCGAUGAGAAAUAUGUUGCGCGCCCAGUAGAAGACCAUAGUGGCAACAUAUCUCUCUCCAAGCGGAUCAAUUAUUGGUAUCGUCUGGCAAAGUCCCAGCAAGAGUUCUAUGAAGAAGGAAUUCGCAGAGCAAAAGAGAACCAUGAAGAGGCCAAAAUCAUCAGAGCCCGACUCCAUCCCUGGUACUCUGGGGAUGCUGCGCUUUCUGGUGGUUCCAAGACACCUUCCGGAGAGGUCAUUCCAACCAUAACUAGGAAAGACUUUCAGAUCCUACGGCGCGCUCCGGACGACUAUCGCAAGCUUCCCCUUAUUAGCCUUAUCGUCAAGUUCUGCGGUGUCUUGGCCCCUCUGGUUGUGCGACUAGUACCAAUAUCAUAUCGACCAAGGGCUUGUCUCCAAAAAAGCGAUCAACUCGUCCUUCUGAGACGUUUGUCUGCCCGUUUAGACUGGGUCGAUAAAGAGAUCAUUUCUUGGAUUGAACCGUCUACCACAACGCGUCGCCGAUUCCAGGAAAUUGCGCAUGCAACAGGUCGCGAGAAAUUUCUCAACAGAUGCAUCGUACUCUGGCUUCUUGCAUACUUAGUCCGUUCACAUCCACUGUCACGGUUGAUUCCCUAUCUCCCGCUUCGCGGACGCAUCCUUCUUGUCAGAGUUUACGGUCAGCGAUCCGUUGCCCAGAACUACCAUGAAGAGAUUUUGGAAGAUACAGCUCUUGUCAUGCGUGAAGGUGGUUUCGGAAAACUAGAUCCCCGCGAUCUGGCUGACUACUGCACAAGAUUUGGGGACAUUGAUUUCGUACGCUACUGGGCUCGUCAGGCGGUGGAAAAGAAUGAACUUCCCGCUUCCUCCAUCAUGGUGAAGCAUCUUGCACCUACUCGUGAUGCCUAUGCGAAAUACUUGCUCGCUCCCGACAAGAUCACUGUGAGACGAGACCUACGAUUUUUAGUCGAUCAAGAGUGCAGGCUAUCCGACAAAAUUCCUGGGUCCUUCUUGGGCCCGAGUGUCCAGUAG